AUGCGUUCACAACUUGUCCAAUGUUCCAAUGUAAUAUACCGUGACGCGUUCCAGGGCAGUGUUGGGGCAAUUUCAGCAAGGGUUAUCGUAGACCACUUUUUACCAAUAAUUUACAAUAAUAGCACCUUGGUUAAAACUGCCGAAGUUUGCUUUGGAAUGCGGAAGGUUUGA